AUGACGGACAAGAAAUUUGCUGAUUCUGGUUUCAAGGUUCUGCCUUGGGAUAUUUCUCAGAAAGGGAUCAUCUUGAGCUCCAUGUUCUGGGGUUAUGUCAUCCCGCAGAUACCCGCGGGGCAUCUAUCCCGCAUCAUUGGGACCAAAUAUUUUUUGUUUUGGGCAAUGAUGCACUGCUCCAUCACAACCAUUCUCGGGCCUUACACAGCCGUCAACUUCAACUGGUUGGUAUUCUGCUUCUGCCGAUCCCUGCAAGGACUCGGUCAGGGAUUUUUCUAUCCCUGUGUCAACGCACAUAUUUCUAAAUGGGCUCCGCCAUCUGAGAGGAAUAGAAUGCUUGGAUGUGUUUACGGAGGGACGUAUUAUACAUAUAUAAAAGAACGAGGCCAGUUAGGGUCCACCCUGACCGUGUUCUUGGCCGGUUACCUCUCAGCAAGUCCCUGGGGAUGGCCUAGUAUCUUCUAUGUGACCGGGGCUUGCGGAGUCUUCUGGUCUCUGACAUGGCUGUACGUGGGCGCUGACUGUCCAAACUCUCACUCCACUAUCGGUGACAACGAGAGGGCCUACAUCAAGUCCACCAUCAAGAACUGCUCUGACCGCAGCAAGGAAAUGAGAACACCAUGGAGGCAGAUCAUUACGUCAUUACCGGUGCUGCCUCUACUCCUCUGUAACUUUGGUCAACUCUGGUGCUACUCUACCAUGGUGACAAUGCUGCCUCUGUACUACAGGCACGUUCUUCACUACGAUAUAGAGGAAAACGGCCUGAUAUCGUCUCUUCCAUUCCUGACAAAGACUCUUCUGGCAUUAGUGUUUUCCUGCGUUGCAGACUUUCUGAUUUCAAGAGGAUUUUUGUCCGUUGUAGCCUCUGAGAAAAUGUGGAAUACUAUAGCUUUUUGGGGAGCAGCUGCGGCUUUAACGUCGCUGUCCUUCGUCAGCAGUGCUGCCGGACCUGUGGUUCUGCUGACCUCCACCGUGGGCUUGAGUGCGGGAAUCAUACCAGGCUACAUCAGCAACCAUCUGGACCUCGCGCCCAACUUCACCGGUCUUCUCCUGGGCAUUACCAACGGUCUCGGCAGCAUAGGUUCCAUCCUGACCACUCUGUUCGCCGGAUUUAUCGUCACAGAUGAGGUCAAAUAA